GCGCAGUGCAUCUCUAUGAAACAGCUCAAUGGUGAGUUGUUUACUCCACCGACAGGUUGUGCUCUGAAUAGUCCACAAAUAAACUGUAUAUUACUGCUUUCAACAUGACUAUCCUUGUACCCGGAGUCCAUAAGCCCAGGCUGCCCAGCAACCUCCUCCAGGACGGAUAUAGGUCAUACAGGAAAGCUGAAAAAGGAGCGCUUGCAUUCGCGAUUCUUAAUAUAACAUUAACAUGCAUAGCGAUGAUAAGCUCGUUAGUCGGGACGAUAUUUUGGUUCGCGACGUUCAUCAUCAAGGACCUCACAACUGACCGGGAGCCUUCAGACAAUGACUUCCUCCACUACUUCUUCACAUACGUCCUCUUUGGAGGAAUCGUCGUCCUCCUCGUCUUCUCAUCGAUAGCUUUCAUAUUUUCUGUGUUCCUGAUACACGGGAUUUGUAAGAAAAAGCCACAGCACGUGAAGGCAUACUUCGUGUACGGAGUUUUGGUUACAGGAGUGUCGGUCAUGUCCGCUAUUGCGUACCUGAUUAUCACUUCUGGUACAGAUCCUCUGACUGUUGCUAUAGUUCUGCUGGUUUGUGCUGUGUAUUCGUUGUUCCUGGCUAUGAUCCGAGCUACAUACAAGAGCUACGAACAGCGGGCGAUGUUCCAGUACCAAGACAAUUUGCUGGUUGUUGCUUCUGAAGUACCUAAGAGGAUUUAAACAUUUCACCGUAUUGAAAACUUGCUGAUUCAUCUUCUCUGUCUUCUUGGGUUCUUCGUGUUGGAUAUUUCUUCGUCUAACGAAAGGUCAGUUGAUAAUACUGGCUAUAGCGGUUAUUACAUUUGCCAAUCCAAUUUGCCUGAUGUGCGUCAAAGUCACGGGCGCGGUGAUCAGAAUCGUGUAGCAAAUUGGUGGGGCGUAACCAUAGUAACCACGAUCUCGAGCGAGCUGGUCUUCUUCUAUCGUGUGAGUUGUGAGGUGGAUUACCAAACCAUCAUUACUGACGUCAGAGUUAUUAUUGAGCCGCUGAAGGCCCUUGACAUGACUCAUGAAACGAAUACUUACAAGCGAGUUGGUGGGGUGUAACCUUAGGACGUCGCCAUGGUAACCACGAUCUCGAGACAGUCUAGCGUCGAUUUGCCCCACAAUAUUACGAUCUUGAUGUGACCUUGACGCAUCCAUCUGGGAGGAUUCGGUGGUAUGGUUAUUAUACUACCCGAUCCACCCAGAAUCUUAUAGGUUUGUCGUAAAAGGAAUGCACAAGGCUCCUUUAGCGAAUAUUUUGGCAGUGCCUGCGACAAUUGGAGCUAAAAUACGCUAACGUUACCGAAGCGGUUCGGCAUAGUUUUUGGACCUUCUAUUUCCGAUCUCCAAUGUUGAAGAUUAAGGGUGGUUUGAACGGCCCGUGAAGCCAGACUGCCAGAGGUACCGAACUGAGCAUAGUACCCGCUAGCCACAAGUUGGUAGUAUACUAGAUGCGCCACAAACAAGAAACCAUUAUAUAAAAACAGGGACUUGAGCAUGGUCUUGAGGGCAGUCUCAGCUGAAACUAGUUUAUUAAUACCACCUAUAGUCUUACAAUCUUGACACUUGCAUUAUGCUUUUCUUUGGUAAUUGUUAGCUCAAUUAAAUGUGUAGGUUAUAGUUAACUACUAAGGGAUAGUUUGGCUUCUGACUUCAAAAGACGCUAAUCAUUUCAUUAUUAAAAAAAAUAUUAUCAAGAUUUGUCUUUGAUGAGGUACCUACUCUUAAUAAGUGAAUUCUGCUUUAUUUACAUAGUGCCAUAGAGUAAUGUAUUAUUAAUAGAACUUAUUAUGUGAGUAUAAAUAAGAUUAAUAUAGUUUGGAAAGUUUAUAUCAAUAAUUAAUUAUAUACUCCUAAUAGCAAAUUAUACCACCUACUCAUGCUAAAAAUAUUUUAUAUUAUUCGUUAUUUUCUGUGGAACUAUGAUUUAAUCGUAAAAGUUACGUUAAAAUGAUACGGAUGUUAAACUUGACACAAGUAUUUAUUUUAUGAAAAUAAUGAGAAGUUAAUGAGGGAAAAGGAAAGUGAUAUCAUAUAUCAUUAUAAUUGAUUGAUUUAUGUAGGAAAGAGUGGGAGAAUGAGAGAGAUACGUGAAGACUGUUGAUAAUGAAAAUGCACAAUAAUGAUCAUGGCACAAAAAUGAUAGUUUUUGGAAGUAUAUAAAGAUAAAUGGCUUUGUAAAUGUAUGAAUCUUUCCGGCUAAUUUACGAUAAGUCAAAUCAGGAUUGGAGGAAACAAAAAUUAGGUACAAUGUUUGUAUUUAAUAUGCGAUGUUUGAAAAAUAUGCUUUUUAAGUAUCUAUUUAUUUAAAGUCGGUUAUUUUUAAAAUGGCAUAAUUAUUAUUGUUUUCCUGUAAGGCUGGGCUUUACCUACUGUUAGAUAGAAAAGAAUCGAUCAACUUCAUCUCGACUGAUACAUCGCUAUGCUAAUAAACGUCACAACACUAUGUGAAUAUCUAAAGUUGAUCUAAUUCUUACCGCACAUUGAAGCUAUUGUAAAAUGUUAUCUUUAUUGAAAUAUAAUCACUUAUUGUACUGAACUAAGGGGUUAAAAAGGCCAUUUCAAAGUAAUUCAUCUACAAAAGCAAUAUUGCUAUUUGAUAUUUGAUUGCAUUGCGCACUUACUUUUAUAUGCGCAAAUGUCAAAUUGCAAUAUUGCUUUUUAAUAUUGCUUCGAUGUGGCCUUUUUAACCCCCUGGUCUUUCUGUUUAAAUAGUACCUAAGCGUUUUGAAAGCUUUAUAUUAGUUAUGGUAGGUAAUUACUUUAUUUUGUUUGAUAUUCUUCAACAUGUAGUAGGUAUUAGCAACUUGAUACUGAUAUUUUGUAAUAUAAAUCACAGAUAUUAGGUACCUACUUAAUGGGUAGAUAAAUAUUUGGUAGUUCCACAAAGGUGUGUAACACGUUUGUUGUAAUAUUAUAUUAUGUAAUAGUAUAAAUACGUAGUACCUACUACCUACAUGAUAGUUAAGUAAUUAAAUGUGAUUUAUUUAAAUGA